AUGCGACGACGACAGCAAAAGUGCUUUAUUGCCUUUUGGACCCUCUGCCUCGAAUAUGUUCUCUGCUCAGUGGCUUUGUAUCCGGGAGGUAGUUGGGAAAGUAAGAUCCUAUUAUCUUCCAUUUGCGACAACAAAACAUUCUCGUCCGUGUGUUAUGGGGAUAUAGCUGGCCUCUUUGACAGCGACAUAUCAGCCAGCCUGGAUAAUACCUCGAUAGAGAUGCCUCCAUAUGGGACAUGGGGUGAUGUGGAUUGGGGUUUCACGAACGCAGCGCCUGUUUACGCAAAAGCAAGACGAGCAACAGACUAUAUAACCAUCAGCGGCUCACCCGUACCCGAUGUCGAUAUGAUCAUAAUAUAUUCGGGGUGGCAGACUUACCCUGGUGGGCAAGCAUACCCACUGGAGGUGGGGAUCUUAUCCCUUGGAUGCCCAGCUAUUAAUCAGACAUUUGGAAAUGUGAUCAAGAUCAACACAACGUUUGUCACCAGCUAUUUCUAUGAGCAAGAGGGAUCGCUAAACAUACCAUCUUAUUCUUACGGUAUGCAUAUUGGCUCCGCAGCACUAGGAAUUCCUGGAUCGCUGCUUUUAGGGGGUUAUGAUCAGAAUAGAGUGAUGGGCGAGGUGUCCUCCCAGGCAUUUUCAAGUGGAAGCUUCCCAAUUGAGCUGCUCGAUAUAAAUAUCGGAAUAGCAGAGGGUGGGUCUCCUUGGGCUUACACGAACAAAACAGGGCUAUUGGCACAGGGUAAUUCCUCCCUGGACUCUGGUCUCAGCGUCAUUGUGGACCCAGCAAACCCAUAUAUAUAUCUGCAUCAGAGCUCAUGCGAUGCGAUAGCCGCUGAGUUGCCUGUGACAUACCACCCUGAGUACGGCCUUUACUUUUGGAACACAUCUGACUCACAGUAUGAUACCAUUGCAACUUCGCCAGGUUACCUAGGUUUCCAAUUCAGCAAGGAUAACCUCAACAACAACUUCAUCACGAUUAAAGUUCCCUUCGCUCUUCUGAAUCUCACACUAGAGGCCCCGCUUGUGAAGACACCAACGCAAUAUUUCCCGUGCAUGGCUACCAAUAGCACUCCUGUUCUAGGACGUGCUUUCCUUCAGGCAGCUUUUAUAGGAGUCAAUUGGCUUGGUGGAAAGUGGUUUCUAGCUCAAGCACCAGGACCGGGAGGCUCCUUCAUUGUUGAUACCGUGUCAAUAGGUGACAAUGAUUCCACUAUUUCGGCAACAACAAACAGCUGGGAAGCCUCCUGGAAAAACACCUGGAAGGCAAUACCUGCAGGUUCUACCUCGAACGCAAAUACAACAAGUACAUCAAUGAGCGGUCCAUCUACUGACGGGAAUGGCUUCUCAGUGGCUGUCAAAAUUGGCAUAAUUGUCGGCAGUACUACUGGCGGGCUGUCGAUAAUUGCUAUUCUCUCUGGGAUCUACAUCCAUCACCGACGACAACAAAAGAAAGCAUCCAUUUCAGACGAGAGUCAUGCGACAGAACAAACAGAUCACGGAUCCUCAGCGCACCAGUUGAUGCCUGUGGAGGCACCCGAUAACAUAUGGAACCAAGUAAACGAGAUACACAGCCAAGAAAGACAUGAGAUGGGCUCGGAAAGAGGGCCCUUCUAUGAGCUAGGCCCGGAAAAGGGUGCUUUGGUUGAAUUAGAUCAAAGGUCCAAAUCUCAGGAAGGCCCUUUUGAGCUACCAGCACAAACAUCCGUCUCGUGGUCUUCUAAUGUUAUCUAAAAGCGCCUGAUUUCCGCAAUGUACAUAGCUGACUGUGUUUUUGCCACAGCUGAUAGAUUCGAAGCAGAUGAU